AUGACCAUUUUAAAACAUUACCUCAAUGCUUUUUGGGGGGAUGUUGGAGGCAACGCCUCCAGGCAUAUGUAUAUAAACCUCAUCCUCACUGAGGAUGAGUUAACAGAUGUUGGAUUAAUGACAGGAGAUGUAUCCACUAAUGUUUAUGCUUCAAUUGUAAUUUUAACGGCUGAAGUAUUAAACGAAAUUAUUAUGAACGAUUCUUCAAAUUUUUCAAAUGUUGGAUAUAUAAUAAUGGAUGAGGGACAUUUUCUUGGAGACGAAUCAAGAGGCCAUGUUUGGGAGGAAAGCAUUAUUAAUAUGCCAAAAUAUGUUAAAUUAGCAAUUCUGUCUGCUACUUUACAGAACCGCUCCGAGAUUGCAAAAUGGAUUGUCUCCCUAAAUAGAAAUCCAUUGCAUGUUAUUGGUACCAAUGAGAGACCAAUAACACUUGAAUAUUGUGUUCAUUGUUCUGCAACGGGAAGAAUUAUUCAAAUAAAAGUGGGAACUGAUGAAACGGAUUCUGAAGGACUCGAAACCGCUAUGUCUGAAUGUCAAAGGAAAAAUAGAGGAAAAAAGGAACUCAUGGAACUUCUUAAGGUAUUAAAAGAUGAGAACAUGCUUCCAGCCAUAAUUUAUUGUCCAUCAAAGAAGACAUGUGAUUCAAUGGCUAAACUUAUCUCGUCAAUGUGUUUUUUGGAUACAGUAGAAAAGGAUUUAAUGAAUGACUUAUUAAGAUUAACACUGUUCUUGGAAGAUGAAGAAAUGAAAACAUUUAUGUCUGAAAUAGAAGAUUACGCUGUUUGUUUAACUAAUGGAAUCGGCGUACAUCAUGGAUCGCUUAUGAGAAUGACAAAAGAAUUUAUGGAGAAAUGCUUCAUCAACAAUGCCAUCAAAAUCAUGUUUUCUACUGAAACGUUGGCAGUUGGACUUAAUAUGCCAGCAAGAACAGUAAUAUUUUCAUCAGUCUACAAAUUUGACGGCAAUGUGAGAAGAACAUAUAAACAAAGUGAGUUUAUUCAAAUGGCUGGAAGAGCUGGAAGGAGAGGAAUUGACACUUUAGGCCAUGUAAUAUUCUCUUUAACUGAUUCAAAUCGCUGUGGAGAAAUAAUUGCAUCUUUUUUGAAACCAAUGUCUGAAAAUUUGGAGAGUAAAUAUAAAAUAGAUUACUCAAAAGUUCUUAGUUAUGCAGAAAAAAACUGCUUGGAGAAGUUUGAAAAAAAUUUUGAAAAAUCAUUCAUGAAAUUUCAAAAAAAGGAUAUAAAAAAAGAAAUCGCUAUGUAUGGAAGAAUAAAAAAAUUUCUUCAAAAAGGAAACUUUAUUGAUAAUGAAGGAAAAAUUACAAAAAAAGGAUCUUAUGCCGUAGCUGCAAGAUUCAAUGAAAAUUAUAUCGUACUUGCAGAAAUGAUGAAUAAUAAUGAAUUUAAUUUCUUAAAUAACAUGGAAAUAAUUGAAAUAUUCGCUAUGCUUCAAAAAGAUGAUGAAUUCGGCAGAGAAGAAGUUUCUAAAAGACAAAUUUUUACAAAGGACAUGGUAGAAAGAUAUUGUCAAAUAUUUUAUAAAAAUGAACGUGCUUUUAAGGUGAUUGAUGAAAAUGAAGAAUAUAAAUCACCAUUAUCCUUUAGAUAUGUAAUUGCUAUGAAAGAAAUUUAUUCUGGUAAUUCAAUUGAGGAAGUUACAAGCUCCAAUAUGUUGUAUAAAGGAGAAGUAUUGAAAAGAAUAAACUCAAUGAGACAAAUAUUUGAAAACUUUGCCAAAAAUAGAUUUUUGGAUUUCAAUUUAAGAAACAAGUUUUUUGAUAUGGUACAAAGACUUAAGGAUAUUGAAAAAAAUGACGUUUCUUCAAUUUAA